AUGGGUUUUAUACAUNUUUCGACGGAAGAUUUAAAGAAAUUUGAACAGAGGUACAAUGAGCAGAUGACAAGAGGCAGCGUGAGUCCAAAGACUCAGUUUGAAUAUGCUUGGUGCUUAGUGCGUAGUAAAUAUGCAAGGGAUAAUCAGAAAGGAAUUAUUCUCUUAGAAGACCUAUUUCAUAAAACACAUGAUGAAACUGCAAAGAGAGAUUAUUUAUAUUACCUGGCUGUCGGGAACACACGUCUCAAAGAAUAUGACAAAGCUCUCAAAUAUGUAAAUGGCAUCUUGCAAGUGCAACCUGGCAACCACCAGGCUGCUGAGCUGAAGAAAAUUAUAAAGAAAAAAAUGGAGAAAGAGGGUCUGCUAGGAAUGGCAAUAGUUGGUGGAGCAGCUGCAGUGGCACUGGGAAGCAUUAUAGGACUGGGCGUGGCACUUACUAAGAAAUAACUUGGAGAUACUGUACAAAGACACCCAUUGAGCAGAAGACCUGAUUAAACAAAACUUUCAUUUUCCUGGAAAUUUCAACACUUCUCUUAAACACCAAAGUAUGUUAUCUCCAAAGCCAUUUGCAAAUUACAAUCUAUAAAAUGUUGCCCAAUUUUGAUUUCCAAGCUACUAGAUUGGUGAAUUUCACUCACAGAAUUUUAGAACUGGGAAAAGGUUAAUUUUAUAAAUUGUAAUUGUCUCAAUGGAAUUUAAUGGAAUUAGCAUGUAAGCUCACUUGGUGAUAAUAAGGAGAUGCAUAAGAUUUCCAGGAAAUCUUUUUAUAAUUAUCACUGUAAUAAUUAUUAAUAUUUAUCAUUAUUUUGCUUCCAAGGGGGUCUAAUGCACGGUAGUCUAUAAACAGAAAGUUGUGAGGCAUACAAAGAUCCUGACACUUUUAAACAACAUAGAAAUAACUAAAAUAUACCAAGUAUCAGUUUUACACUGAUACAUCAAGAAAAGACUAAGAGGACAUAACACUCUUAUACCAUUUAGAAAAACUAAGAGAUAUGCAGCAUCGGUUUUAUAAAUGUACCCGAAAGAAAUAGACUUAAAUGUGGCUUACUAGCAAAUAGUAAAGGAUUCUUGUAAAAUGACAGCCAGUAGAGAAAUUAUAUACUUCAGAAAGUUGUGUAAAAUAUGGUUUUAAGAUGGGUUUAUACAAGAGGACAGUUUCUUUGGUUUUCUUUUUGUUUAUGUAUUUGAUCAUUUUCAUAAUGUUUUCAGCGUAAUUUAUAAAGCUGCCUUGACUUAAACUUUUUGGCAAGAGUUUGUACUAAAUAUUGUUACAGAACUUAGUUUUUUGUGUUUAUUGUAAUUUAGAAACAGCUGUUUUCCAAUAGUAUCCACUUGUCAGUUUUAUUUUGUAUGGGUUUACCGGUUGCAUUUUUGUGAAAAUUGCUUUUAAGGUACGGAUUAAGUUAUUCAUAAAAACUCCUCGUUUAAGCAGAAUAAAAAAAUGACCUGGCAUAGUUAAUGCUAUUAAGAGACAGGAUCUUUUUGUUCGAAAAUUGCAGAGCAAUUUCAUUGAUUUGAUAAAUGAAGCAAAAGAAGCCAUUUUGCUUGCAUUUGGUUACAAACACAGGUUAUACCUAUUUUGUUAAAGUAUAAUAUUUUUUUAUUUUUAAAUUCAUUGUUACAGUGCCAUUAUAAUACAAAAUGGUUAUUGUGAAAAAAUAAAUGUU